UAAUUUAUAUCAUUGAAUUAAUUUAAUACAUUCAUCAAUAUUACAGUGACCCAUUCAACACUUACUGUACAGAUAGGAUGACACAACGUCACUGUUCAGAAUCGUGUUUGUAUACAAUGAUCAUUGAAUUAAACACAUCAUUAAAACAACAUGUUUGACAACUACUGUAAAGCAGAGCGGUACCCACUUUUUUAAAAGUUGAAUCCAUUUAUUAAUUGAAAUUAAGUUGAUAGUAUUUGUUAAUUUGAUUCAAACUUAAUUAAUGUAUUAACCCUUUCAGACCCAUAUUGUCAUCGGAUAGAGAUAUCAAAUUUUAGUAAAAAGCUUUUUUCCUUAGAAUUCUAUCAAAUUUAAUUGUAUGCCAUAAUCAAGAUGGAUUGAUCCAUAGAUCUACAAACUAAUGCUACAGAGUCGCCUACAGAAAACGGAUUGAGGUAACCCGUGGAGGCUGUUGAAAGCAGGCGCAUGUAAGGCAUCGAUUUGGAAGGAGAAGAAGAAGAAAAUCGCAGGCACAAGGCACAUGAUAACAAUAUUAUAUUAAAAUGAUGGACGACGAUCGACUGUCCAUAAACGCACUGCCCGACGAGAUUUUGCUGUGCGUAUUCCGAACGCUGUCCGCCACCGAGUUCGUCGCGACGGUACCGCUCGUGUGCGACCGGUGGUCGCGGAUAAUCGCGUCAGACGCUUGCACGCUAAAGCGGAUAGGCAUGCACCACACAAACGCGUCUGCUGCUGUCGAAUUCUUCUACUUCCGCGACGAAAUCGAACGGUCGCUGAUGUUUCAUUGGCCGUCCGACGAGUACUCUGCACGGCUACUGCUGUACAGCUACGACCAGUACGACGAUAGUGGCGUUGGCGGUCCGGUGAGGCGGCUUGGUUACGCGAACGCGUUCUACUUGUGCGCGCGGUACGCGGAGAUCUGCGGGCACAUCACCACGCUGGUAAUCUCAUCCAAUCUGUGCGUAUACGCCACUGAAGGGUUCACGUACGUCGACUGUCUGACCACGUUAGUAUUGCACGGCGUCCGGAUCCGGGAGGCAGACCAGUACACGCUGGCCGAACUGGGCACCGUGUACUUCAACGUGACGGACGUGAUGUACUUGAAAUGUUCACUCGCCUCUCGUUUCGACCUCAAGUUCCUACACACCGGGUUCGGGCAGCUACGGCGGUUCCGGGCCGACCACAACGCUGUCGGAGUCCGGUUCCUGGAAGACCUGUUGCACGCGCACCGGGGCACCCUGGAGACGGUCGUGCUGGGCGACUCCACGGUGACGGGCGACCGUUGGAUAGACGUCCUGUCGGACAGGCUCCGCGGACGAACCAUUAACCACCUGAGCAUGCACAGUUUGUACUUCACCGAGAGGUGCGUGAAUCGGUUUCUGACCUCCGCCGACCUGAUCCUGCCCGAUGACAGAUCCAACGUGAUCAUCGACAGUGAGCUAAGUAGGAUCUCGUUUUCCAUCGACAUCGAUCCCUUACGAUGAUUUCGUGCCCGCUACUCAUAUAUUAUAAUAAAUUAUCAUCGCUGCCGUUGUACGAAACAAAUGAUAAAAUAUAAAAAAUAAGCUACGAUUCUAUAGUUCACGAUGUAUAGAUAUAUAUAAUGAGUAUAAAUACAAAAUUUGUUUAAUUUAUACAAUUUAAUCGUAAAUUGUAAAAUGUUAAUAGAUUAAUUACUUUAGUUUUCAAAUCAUUAUUUUCUGAACCUAUUAUAUCCUUCGAAAACCAAGUUAUGUGAAUAACUCAGAAAAUAGUCGUUUUAAUUUAGAUCAUCUUGCAUUCUUGGCUCUUGCAUAUAAAUAAGACGAUUAUCAUGUGAAAAAAGGAGUAAAUAAAUAAUAAAUAUUAAAAUUCAACAUUUCAACAUUUUUCUAUAAUUUAUCGAUUAAAAUAUUAUUUUUUUUAGUUUAAUGAACCCACCACAACCUUAAAAUGCCUUUUCGAUAAUAUUUACCUAAUUAAUUACAAAAUACCAAGAAUAGUAUUGGCCUGUAUAAUUUUUAAAGGCGUCUACCUCUAAAAAUGAAAGAUGGACGCAAUGGACACUCUGUUUAGGAUUUACCUAAAUGUUACCCCUUUCCGGGUGA